UGUUAUUAUGUUCCGAUGUUUUUCGAGGGACGCCUUCGGCUGUCUCUAAAUAUGAUCAAAUUCAUGAGUUAUAUUGUAUCCCAUUUACCAGAACAUGUAAACACUAAAGUUUUUUUCUUGUGCAGGUGUACAAUUAGACGUGGCUUUGUGGUCAGAACUUGAUAGUACAAAGUGUCACAUAACUCACUCAAGUGACGUAAAGAGAUAAAAAUUUAAAAUAUAGUCAAUUAUUCAUGUGUGAUUCGUAAAACUUCAAGAUAACAAUGAGUUUUCAGUGAUGUAACUGUUCAGUCGGCAUGAAAAAGCAUUUGUUCUCGGUAGCCCAAGAAGGGCUGCUGUCCAUGUGCCGCUGUAACGACGAUCUCCGCCCGCAUUGACCAUCACCGCCUCAUGCAUGGCCGCCAUGGGCAUCACAGGCCACCGUCGCAGCAUCAACGGCGACCAACUCCGCAGAGUUGACAGGCUUGUGCCGCGCACCCUUCAGUCGCUGAUCUUGUGGACUCUGUUGGGCGUGGCUGCGGCGCGGAGGGACGACGGGACGGCCCGACCAGCUCUGUUCUCGCCUACCUGUCACCUCUCCGUCCAAGAGAUCGGGGUGACAGCCGUAGGGCCAGAGGGGCUCAGAGCCGCGUGUAACUUGCGUACUCUGAGGUCGGAAAUUCUCCAGCCCGGCCAUUUCAACAAUAGUACCUUGAGUGCAGUUAAUCACAGCCAGCACGUCACCUCGCUUCACUUGCAAUGUUCUCGACAAGUGGUUUUUGAGUCAGAACUGCAGCCCGCUGCGUUUGCUGCCUUCCCUCGGCUGCAAGAGCUUUCUUUAGAUUCCUGUAAACUUAAAGAACUUCCCGAUCGAACAUUUGCAGGACUGCCACAACUCAGGCGACUGUCAAUCUCAACACAUCACGAAGAUUGGCCUGGAGCAGUCCUCUCACUGAGCAAAGACGCUCUGACAGAACUACCUCGGCUGGAAUAUCUUGAUUUGUCCGAGAGUGAGUUGUGGCAGAUACCGGAGGGUACUCUGUGCUCCAGCAAAUCUCUGACUACACUCAAUGUUACCCACAAUCGUAUUCAUCGUCUUUCAGAUCUUGGGUUUCACUCUCCGUGUUUUGCUCCGGUGGCACAUCUCUACCUCAGUCACAAUGACGUGGACGAGCUGCCUGCGAAGGCCUUGCCCACUCCGCACCUUCACACCUUUCAUCUCGACCAUAAUAAGGUGGCUCGUGUUGAUGACUACGCCUUCAGAAAUCUGGCCGAGAUCAAAGACCUCAUUCUUAGCUAUAAUAAACUGGUAGCACUUCCUCAAGCUGCCUUCCUAGAUCUUUACCAACUAAAAAAUCUUGAUCUUGCCAACAAUAGCUUAUCAUCUCUACCGCCUUCAUUAUUUUCCUCUCUUGGACAACUAUUAUCGUUGAAUAUUAGUCACAAUCAACUCACUUUUUCUUUUGACAACCCCGAGCCCUUCAUUGGUCUCAUACGAUUAGUCGUUCUAGAUCUUUCUUACAACAAACUUAUUGACCUAAGGAGUCAAGUUUUCAAUCAUUUGUACUCCCUUCAAGUGCUCUUCCUUUCCAACAAUAAAAUUACUUAUUUGAGUGACGGGAUAUUUUCUUAUCUGGCAAAUCUUCACACUCUAGACCUUUCUGAUAAUAAAUUAUCAAUUUUAGAGAGCGGAACUCUUAAAGGACUUUCUGUGCUCACUCAUUUCUUCGUCGACAAUAAUUCAAUUGAAAUAAUAUCCGAUGCUUCUUUCCGUAAUAGUUCUUCUCUUCAGAAGUUGAGCGUCACAGGCAAUUAUAUUGUCGAGAUACCGAAAGCAAUCACAUCGCUAACACUUCUACAAGUACUCGAUUUGAGUCGUAACCAAAUCGCAACCCUCGAGCGAUCUAACUUAAAAGGACUGAAUAAUUUAAAGCAUCUUUCUCUUCGACAAAACUUUAUUGGCAACAUUAGCAUCGAUGCCAUACCUCGUAUGGCUCAUCUUGAAUUUUUAGAUUUAUCCAGCAACAUGAUAGGAGGCGUGGAGCCUGGGGCAUUCGAACCUCUAACAGAGCUCAAAACUUUGAACCUGUCUCACAAUUACCUGAGCCACGUGAACGGCAUAGCUGCGCCUCUUCCCAAACUUCUGCACUUCGAUAUCUCUCAUAAUGAAAUUGAGUGGUUCGACUAUGCCCUGAUACCUAAAAAUUUAUUCGCUCUCAAUCUUAAUGGAAAUAGGAUUAAAGUUAUGGAAAAUCAUUUUGAAGUGCAUGAUAAACUCAAUUUACGAAGAAUAUUUGCUGCGAAUAAUUCAAUUACAGCAAUUAAUUACACUUCUAUACCAAAUGGGAUCGAAGUUAUUGACUUCAGUGACAACCUCAUUGACUACGUCAGCUCAAAUACCUUCCUUCUGAAAGACCGCGUAAACGAAAUUAAUCUUGAAAAUAAUCAACUUAUGUUGUUGGAGGAAUCUUCUCUGAGGCUUCCUCCUCGGUCACCGGAGGCCACGUCGGCCUCUCCUCCCCUUCUGCUGCUCUCGAACAACCCUCUCAAGUGUGACUGCGGGGCGGAAUGGUUGUCCCGAGCUGCACGGGAUGCCGUAGGGGACAGAAUAUUGACCCAACAAUCCACCGGGUCAUUCCUCCCAAGACUGGGCAAAGUAACCGACAUCAAGUGCACUUUGCCGGGACUGUGGCAAGAUGCGUCCGUGCCUUUGGUAAACGUGCACCAACACCAAUUUUUGUGCACCUAUCGGAGACAUUGUUUCACUCUUUGCCACUGUUGUGAUUUUGAUGCUUGUGAUUGUGAGCAAACUUGCCCCGACAAUUGUUUGUGCUACCAUGAUCACACUUGGAACCACAAUAUUGUAGAUUGCGGCAAACAAAAUUGGACUGCAAUGCCUCUAGGCGUGCCAAUGGAUGUCACUGAGGCGUUUUUGGACGGUAACAACAUGGGAAACUUGACUUCUCACGCUCUCAUAGGAAGGAAGAACCUGCGAGUCCUAUAUCUCAAUAAUUCAAAUAUAAUUGAUAUUCAAAACAGAACUUUCAACGGAUUAAGGAAUUUGAAAGUUCUUCGACUGGACCACAAUUACUUGGAAAAACUUCAUGGUUAUGAAUUUGUGCUUUUACACAACCUGCUUGAACUUUACAUCAAUGAUAAUUUAAUCUCGCACGUUGCCAACACAACCUUCACGUCACUGAGGUCCUUGGAAGUUCUUCGCUUGGAAGGUAACAGAAUAUCAACGUUUCCCGUUUGGAACUUGGGGCUUAACCCCUUCCUUGUGGAAGUGGGUCUCCAUCGUAACCGAUGGAGCUGCGAGUGCAACUACUUGGCAAAUCUAAGAGCGUGGCUGGAAGCCAACCGCAUAAAAGCGAGUGAAGUGAACGAAAUAAGCUGUUUUCAUCAAAGAAGUGGAAAAGAAGGACCUAGGGUUCUUUCAAACUCGCCUGGUCAUUGCGAUCAUUUUGUAGCUACAGCCCAUAUGAACAACCUAAUGGUAAAUGAUUAUAUUAUGUUUUCAAGUAUCAGUGUUGGUAUAAUCAUUGUAAUUCUUGUUCUUGUUUUUAUUGGUGUAGUGUAUAGAAGAAGGAUCAAAUUAUGGGCCUCUAAUCAGUACUCGAAAAACUUGUUCGAAAAGAGCUCGUCAUUCGUUGAAGAGCGUGAAAAGCUUUUCGAUGUAUUCAUUAGCCAUAGUAAUAAAGACAGUACUUGGGUAUACAGCGUAUUAGCUCCUGAAUUGGAAGUUAGAGGCUACCGAACGUGUGCAGUGUACAGAAACUGUUCGUCUCCAACAGCCUCCUUCGUAGCCCAGGCCAUGUCAGAAGGCAUAGCCUGCAGUAAGCGACUUAUGCUCGUUGUGUCUCGAGGCUUGGUCGAUAGUGAAUGGUGUAAAUAUGAUUUUAAGAGCACUCACGUCGAUGCCAUAAAGAAACUAUCGAAUAAAAAUAUAAUUCUAGUUAAUUUAGAUGAUAUUCCUAAGAACGAGUUAGACUCGGAAAUGAUUAAUAUUAUUAGAAAAGCUUCUUUUAGUUUCAAACCACGUGAUCCUAGGUUUUGGGAGCGCUUGAGACGAGCACUUCCUUCUCUCCGACACAGAAGACGUUAUGAAGAUUCUACCGGCAUCGGAAAGUCGGUUAGUUCGCCUCUCGUGGUGGCCGAUGUCCCCACGUCAGAUUUGGCAAAAUAUAACUGCCACCAAAACAAAAAUUUGACACUAAACCCUUAUUGGGAAACAGCUAUUACUUCUAAUGUCCCUGAAUGGAACAUGAAAAAACCGGACCUUGGAGCUCCACCUUGGUACCAAGUGACUUCGGUCAAGUGCGGCCACUCGCCUUCUUCGUCAUCUCGUCCACCUGAGGCAGACCACACCUACAUGUCAGUCAGCGAAUGUGAUGACACUACAAACUCUCAAACUGAAGCAUUUGCUGCCCUUUCUUCGUCAGGUGCAACGCAAGGUGUUCACCCUUCAUCCAAAUCGUCCGUCCCUCUGCUUGUAAACGGUUCGGCAUCAGGCCAGUUAAGUCCUCCAUUACUAUCGUUGAGACAUCAACAUUCAGUUCAGAAUAGAGCAAACCAUUACCAAGAUCCUCAACAAUACCAAAAUCCACACACACUACGUCCUUCCCAAAGCCACCAUAACCGUACUUCUCCUGAGGCCACACACAGUCUCCUCUUAAAUCGUCCGCCCGGCUUCCGCACGCCGUCCGUCACCGCGAGAAACCUUAAGGACGAAAGUUCGGGAGGGCCUCGCAUGGCGAACAAUAACAAUCCAAACUGUAAUGCUGACUCACCAUCCAUUGAUAUGAACGAAGAAAAUGAAAUGGAACAGAAAUACCCUCCAAUGUUGACCCGUCCUGAUGAAGCCCGUAAUUCAUCUCAAAGAGUUGACGUUCCAUCCAGCGUAGCAGGUACAGCAUGGAUCUACCAGUCUCCUGUCAAUCUUCCAUCGUCUCCUAGUGGCCAAACAUACUAUGUGUAAUCUAUAUAGGCUCGGACUUCGCAGCUGAGCAACUAGCGUAGACGAAAUAUUUUCUAACUUGCACGAAUAUUUUGUUUUCUGUUCCGAGUGCAUGUGUUUUUCUAAUUAAGCAUGGAAGUGCAGUGAAAACGUGUUACCAGAUUGUUAAAAAAUAUGAAACGAACUUUUCCAAUUGAAAUUAAUUAUUUCAUUGAAAUUAUUUAAAUUAUUUCUCCAUUUGUUUGAUGAUCUCUUUGAAGCAAGAAUGGAGAGAGUAGAAGAAAUGACAAUUUCCUAAAGAAGUAUUAAUUAAAUAAUUUCUUCCGUACUUCCAGCCUUUAUUGGUAAAUAUAAUGAUUAGAUCUAAAAUUGCUAAGUACAGCUAGAAACAAACCCAGUGAUAUAAACCAAACGCCGUCCCCUCCACAUCUUCUUUAUCCUGAAAUUAUCUGCGCCCACUUUCCAUUUAGGCGUCACUCGACUGCAUUUGAAUAUCAUAGUCGCCUUGCCGUCCUGUAUUAUGUUGCAUUUGUUCACUGCUCCCUCUAUACUCUGGCUGGUUGUU